UUCAGUGCAUCUAAAACCUCAGACAUGGAUGACCCUCGACAAAAUGGCUCCACAUAUAUACUAAUAUUGGCUACAACCCGACGACGGUGACAGUAGGAAAAUCGACGGAGGCGUGGGAGACUCUUGGAAUUAUUGCAUCUAACUACACUUGCCUUACUUUGAACACUGCUGAAUUUCUCUUGAAUCUUAACCUGUAAAGAAUGAUGGAAAAACUGAAAUCGGAGCAGCCUCAGGUUAGUCCGAGCACGCAGGAGUGUGGGUCGCCGGGACACAAGACGUCCGCUUCCUCCGCAACUUUAACCCCCGUGGAGGAGGGUGAGGCACACGGGAAACAGGAAGGCACGACGACGUCGGAGUCUAUGGAGCGCAAGCGAAGAGGGGAGCAUCUCCCCGAGGACUACUGCAACGGGACCAUCAUCCUUAAUGGCGUUACCAAGGAAACGGCUUACCACGCCAGCGAACUAAAAAAGGAAGUGCCAGUAAUCGAGUUGGGCAGGAGAGGAGGGAGCGCAGAUAUAAAAGGCAGAGAGCUCAAGGCAGACAUCAGCCACAAAGUGCAGACCACCGAGCUGUGCAGACCACCCAUCCCUUUACCGCUACCUCCCAGGGACCCGCUAAGCGAAACUCGAAUGGUGCAGUUGAGUCCGCCCGCUUUGCCUCUGCCGGCUCGAGCGAUGCUGUACAGCAACAUGGCGCAACCGCUCGCCACUAUUAACAGUGGCUUUGCUGGAGACCACGAACAGUAUGGAAUGUACCCCAGCAACCGGGUGAAACGCAGACCUGCGCCAUAUGAACUUGAAAUCAGCGAUGGCUCCCAGCCCAAGAUUGUGCGGCGGAUCUUCACGAACAGCCGCGAGCGCUGGCGGCAGCAGAACGUGAACGGCGCGUUCGCCGAGCUACGCAAACUCAUCCCCACGCACCCGCCCGACAAGAAGCUGAGCAAGAAUGAGAUUCUCCGGCUGGCCAUGAAGUACAUCAACUUCCUGGCCAAGCUGCUCAACGACCAGGACGACAUGAUGGGUGGCGAGGCAGGGUCCAGGGCCCGCGAGGGCAGGGACGCCAGCCUGGUGCGGGACGACCUGCUGCAGGAGGUCCUGAGCCCCAACUCGAGCUGCGGGAGCCUGCUGGAUGGCGAAGGCAGUCCGGAGAGCUUCCUCGAGGAGCAGGAUUCCUCCGUGGAGUCCAGGCCCACUGGCCGAGGGCUGCACCACUCCGCUGUGCCUCUGGAUGGAAGUAACCAGCGAUGACUGGGAGCAGACGGAGAAGGAGACUCAGCAAACAGGGCCGGGGGCAAACGUCAGAUCCUGGGCGGACACGGUGCAUCAUGGGAGGCUAUAGACCUGUGCUUAUGUUCAUGCUAUAUGCAGACAUGACUUUUUCUCUUCCCCCUUUCCUUGUGUGUUGAGUUACUCCUAAUUCUGGACACUGCCCCCUAUGGGUAAAAGCUGGUACAGGAGAAAUCAUUGUGGUAGAUUUUGGUCCUUGCUGUUGCGGUUAUUCAGAUAAGGGAACACGGAUCCAAAGCCAGCAGGGCUUAACACAGUGAAGGCAGGUUCAGAGAGGCCAGAUUUAUAGAAUGGUACCCUUUCAUCCCCAUCGUUUCAUCAGGUACACCCAAUAAACCAUGCUGUUGGACAGCUGAAUCAAACUGAUGUGGAAGUCUCUUUUGCUAACUUCGGUCAGUAAGGAAUUUAAACAAUCGCAGAUUGGUCUGUCGAAUUUUGGACAGUAGUAUUCUUACUUUCUCUGCCAAACAUAAGAGUAUAAACAUUAGAGUGGGAACGUGGACUAGUACAUGAGCUAGGGUAUUGUUGUUUCAUUGAAGUUGGAGACUGUUAAGACACUUUUUUGUACAUAACAGGUUUAUGCCCUAUCCACGUUAAUGACUGAACUGACAAUAGCAAGUAACUGAAUGCUAUUUGUAAAAAAAAAUCUGCCAUUUUGUAAAUGGCAUUUGAUUAUUACAUUAUUUGAUAAAACUCACACCCCCACACACACCCACUUACACACACCCCCACACACCCCCUUACACACAUUAACAGCUUGUAAGGACGGGGGUUGCAGCAGUAAGAGGUACAGGUGCGACGCUCCAAGUGUACAUAAAUGAAUAACAUAAUGCUGUACAUCUGUAUCUAAAGCCCCAUGAAUUUGUACUGUUCAUGUUCAUUGUGAUUAUGGUACAAUGAGUUAAUCAGUAAUCAUCUCCUCGCUUUCCUUCCGUCCUUCCCUCCUUCAGUUCCCCUGUAAGUGUCCCACCUGUGUUUGAUCCAUUUGAUCUGCUUUUUUAAGCAGACUAUUGAGUAACCAGUCUUGGUACCUUUCAUUCUUUUUUGUGUAUUAAACAAUGACAACAACAAAUGUUAUUUUAAUGUGAUAUUUAGUAGAAAGGUGAAAAUAAAAUCUAUCUAUAAAUAUAUGCAAUGUUAUAUCUUACAGAAUUUUAUAGAAAAUGAAA